UAAUGGCCUGGGUAUCUACAUACAGUUUUAGUCGAAUUUAGGUCAACAAUGCAACAAAAUAGUCAUUGAUUCAAGCCUACUAUUGUCAUCUUGCUACAGAUAAAUUUAGAUCAUAAUCGAAAAGCUGUCAAUGACCGACCAAUUAUAACAGCGAAUUAAUGUAAGCGUGUGUUAGCGUGUCACGGCGGGAUUUAAUGCGUAAGCGUUCGUUUUGUUUCGAAGCUGAGGACGCCAAGUAGUAAAUGAGCACUAAACACAACUCAGCCACGUUGGAAAAACUGCAAUUCCUCGAUCGGACAGCUGUAAAUCAAGAAUUUUUCUAGUAGACUUAAAUGGAUUUCUUUCCAGAUUGCUUCGUUGUAAAAUAUUUUUGAUCCCAAUUCCCUGAGUCAUAGUUACACAGUUUCAGCUUUGUUGCUCUCAGAAGGUCGCCGACCGUUUUACUACGAAUGGAGAAACUUACUACGGACAAGAAAAAAGUUAAUGAAGCAAAAACUUCUGAAUUUUGACAACUUAUAACUUGGUUUGCAUCUCUGGAUCAAGUCUACAAAGUCUACAAAGCCGAGGAGAACAUUUCAUUGGCAAAAUAACGACCGUUGGUAAAUAUUAAAAGUAUUUAAUCAGAACAUCUAAUAAAAUGAACAGGGAAAAUUCGCGGAAUGGAAUUAAGAGGAAUCUGUUUGGAACAGCACCGAACGAUCAUAACAAGAUACAAGAGAAUUUAAUGCGAGAAGCCAGUAGAAUCAGCAGAGAAAAAUCCGAGAUAUGGAAUUUUGACUUUGAAAAAUUUAAACCACUUCCCCCAGGACGUUAUAAGUGGGAGAGAGUCGGUAAAAGACUUCAAACCAGGACAUCUCCUACUUUACCAGAAGAUAAUAGCGAUGAUAUCUGUGUAAAAACAAUAGAAAAUGUAGCACCAGGCACCAAGAGACAUUAUAACUUAAGAACCAGAGAAACUAAAGAGGUUGGAACGGAAAAUUUUCGGCCAAUUGAAGCAAGAGGUUGUUCAAAACUUAGCAGGGUUACUUCGGAAGGAGCUACAUCUACGGUUAAACAUACAGGGCUAGCGAAGAAGACAAAACGAAAACAUCAACAGAGGAAACGAAAAAAAGAUUUCAAAUCGACGUAACUCUCCAGAACUGGUUAGUUUUAAAGUUCUAUUCAAAAACCACAAAUAAGCUUCAGAAAAUAAGGGUUUAUAGUAUCCAAACGUUUGCUUACAUUUGAUCGUUACGGCACGAAUGUUGGAUUUUCCCCCCAAUUUUGAACGAUCGAUUGGCGUAAUGGUUAUGUGCUGUUGUCACUCGACGUGACAUAUUAACUGAAGUGACAAAAUAGUACAUAUAUUUUCGAUGGUAAGCAAGCCUUCAUCAAACACAAGGCUCGUCAGCUUUCAAUAUAGGUAUAAAACAAGCUCUAGUAACCUCUAGAUCAUUUAUUAAGGAAGAACAUGUUACAAGAAAAGGGAUUUAAAUGGUACAGUUUGAUUGUAGUUGACAUUUUCAUAGUUGAGCGUCUGUUUUUACGCAUCAGCGACUUCAGAAGUCGUUACGGUUUAUCCACUUGAACGCGGAGCAAUUUUCUCUAAACUGCAAACAAAACUUCAUCAUUGUUAUCAAAAAGUAUUAAAAUUACAAAAGCACUGUAAAUAAUGCCAUGGAACGUGGAUAGGUCGUUCAAAAAUGUGCGGUUUUUGCGCUCUUGCGUUUGAAAAAAUACACUUUACAUUGUUUAAAAAGUGUUCUACUUUAUUAGUUGCAUUAAAACGCUUGACAAUGUUAUUUUCUUUUCCUGUGGAAAAUUUAACGAUAAAAAAGCACUUAAACUUGCUACUUUUUUUUACCAAACUCUGCUCGAAUUUCACGCUUUUAAAUAGAUUUUAGAAGAUUGAUGAGAACAAAUGAGUUCAMCAUAUGUUAGAGUCUUUUGUCUUACCAGACUUCUGGCUGCCUUCUUCACUAGAAGAUCAUCUAAAUCUAACGCUCUUUCUUUUAAGAAGCAAACUUAUUAUUAAAUUUAUUGUAGUAAUACAUGUACAUAUAUGCAUGGAUCUAUGCCUUUGUGUCUGUCAAAAAAAACAUCGACUCGGUAGACGGGGUGCAUGUGGUAAAAGUGAAAAGAAAAAAGCUUUCCGAAGAAGCUAUUUUUAAUUUAAAAAUAUAUAUAUUUUUUAAAAAAUUUUAAAAAAUGACAAUAUUUUUGGCAAGAAAAGUAAUGCCAGUGAAUAUACGCUUACAAAUUCACCAAAUAUUUGUAGUUUAUCACAAUUGUAGCCAGUAAGRAAAUAAGCAGUAAAUUGUAUUUUAAUAUA